GUUCUCUGAGGAAAUAUCCCGCUGAUAUCAAAGUCAAAUCUCCAGACACGUACACGCUGCUGGGGCAGAACGUCACGCUGGAGUGCUUCGCGCUGGGAAACCCCAUCCCUCAGAUCCGAUGGAGGAAGGUGGAUGGUGAUCUGCCGGUCUAUCGCCACAACAUCAGUAUGUCAGGAAGUCUCCUUCAUCUUUACGACAUCCAGUACGAGGACGAGGGUUUAUAUGAGUGUGAGGCCGACAACUCCAAAGGCAAAGACAGACACAAAGUGCAUCUGUAUGUGGAGGGAGCUCCUGAAUGGGUGGAGAAGAUCAGCAGCUCGGAGACAGACAUCGGAGGCGAUUACAUCAUGUCCUGUCUGGCCAGCGGGAAACCCAAACCCCAUGUGCACUUCCUGAAGGACGGACGAAUGUACGCCAAGAACCACGAGUUGCGUUUCACAGACCUGACGUUUGAUGAUUCAGGGAUGUAUCAGUGCAUCGCUGAGAACCGUCACGGCACGAUAUAUGCCAACGCCGAGCUCAGGGUGUUCGCCGGCGCUCCUUCAUUUGAGUGGAACCCAGUGAAACCCGAACUUCUGGGGGCCAAAAACGGGCGCGUGGUGAUUGACUGCAAACCCCGAGCGGCGCCGCGGCCGAGCAUCUCCUGGAGCAAAGGAACCGAGCUCCUGCACAACUCCAGCAGGAUCUUCAUUUGGCCAGAUGGGAGUUUAGAGCUUCUGAACGUCACCAAAUCAGACGAAGGCAAAUACACGUGUUUCGCAGAGAAUGACAGAGGCCGAGCGAACAGCACCGGAUCGCUGUCAGUCACCGGUACGACACGGAAACCAGACUGCAUAACAACACCCUAGCCUAACAACCAUCCAGAAUACCCUAGAAACU